AUGGACCAACAUUUUUCACUGAACAGUGAUGAUGGAACAAUUGAGUGUCAUACAUGUGGCAAACAGUUGGCUUCCAAUGCCAGUCUUAUUGAUCAUCAUAGAACCCACACUGGUGAACGACCGUACGCCUGCACCAUCUGCAACAAGCGCUUCACACAAAAAGCACACCUUAUCAUACACAAGAGGACCCACACAGGAGAGAAGCCUUAUGCUUGCAGCAUUUGCCACAAAAGGUUUGCCCAAUCCUCACACCUGAAGAACCAUAAGCGGAUCCACACAGGUGAAAAGGCAUACUUGUGCUCUAUCUGUAAUAUGGGUUUCAGCAGGAAGCCUCGCCUAGAACAACAUCUGGAGGAACAUGUCUUACACGAGGCUCUCCUCAGCAAGAGCAAGAUAGCGGCAGCAGAGCGAGAGUUGAAGAAGACGGCGGCUGCGAUAAAAUCAGAAAAUGAUGACGGUGAUGAAGGCAGUAAUUCUACAGGGCAGAGGGAUCAACACACUAAAGAAAACGGGGUUUCCAGGAAGCGCAAACCAGCAUUCGUGACGCGUGUUCGUCAGAGUGAUAGCGACUUGUCGCAUAUGGAAGAUGAAGACGACAGUGAUGGUAUCAGAGAGAGGAUCCAUGCGGAUGUCGUCACAGGGCUGUGUAUAAAGGCAGAACCUGCAGACGACCAAGGUUUCUACUGCGACAAUGGGGAGACAUCUGCAUUAAAGAGAUCUCAAAGGAUGUCCAGCACACGGACCUCAGAAAGAGGCGAUCUUGAUGGCGACCUGAGGAUGUGCAUAAGUGGAAUUUCUGUUCCGAAGUCAGAAGGGGAGCAAAUAGAUGAGCCAGUUGCAGAGUUCAAAUGCAGUGAAGACGGUGCCAGUGUUUGCGAUGUCAGCUCAUCCGAACCCCAGGGAGGCAUGCUGAUGCAGGAUGAAGUAGACAUGGCUAGUGUCACUAGCGAGAGCAAUAAUUCUACAUCAGAACAAGUGACAUUGCUGGGCAGUAGGUCAUCUCAGUCUCAAGCACACCAACAAAGGAAGCUGUCGUUGAAAAACGCCGGAGGAAGUGCGAAGACGAGAAACCCGAAGAAGAGUAUUAGCUGGACAAUGAGUAGCUCUGGGCUGGAUGUUAGCCCGUCAGGAUUGGUGGCAUCUUCCUCUGCCUAUUGCCACACCAAUAAGCGGAUCUGUCUGAUUGAUUUCAGCACAGAGGAUCUUAUCGCUCAUCUGAUGGCAAGAGAUGCCGUCCUGCGCUGCGACUACUGCUGCGUCAUAUUCCAAGACCCGGCCAUGUACCAUCUCCACAGAAGCAUGCACGAUAAAUCAGAUAUUCGAUGCUGUAACACGUGUGGAAAACAGUCCCGAGAUAAAUAUGACUUUGUCGCUCAUUACCUCUGCGAGCAUAAAUAAAUUCAUUUAACAUGUGGGCAUUCAUGAACAAUUUAUAUACAAAGAAUGGUGAUUUCAGUCCAGACUGACCAAUGGAUUUAAUGAUAAUAAGGCAUGUUUUGUUUGUGUUCAUUUUUAUGAAAAUAUAUAUGUAUCCAUAAUAGAGUAAAUGUUCUGUAAUUCUCAAUAAAAAGACAAGCACUAAGGGUAAUGCACAAAUAUUUGCAGUCUAUUCCAGUUAUAAACAGGCUUGUCAUUCCAACUCAUUUGCAUGUUGGUACAUGAAUUUGAGUUCUAUUUCUUUCACCUGAUGAAUGUCUUGUUUAAAUGAUUAAAGCUUGAUUAAAUGAUUAAAGCUUGAUUAAAUGAUUAGAGCUUGAUUAAAUGAUUAAAGCUUAAUUCAAUGAUUAAAGCUUUAUUAAAUCAUUAAAGCUUAAUUAAAUGAUUAAAGGUUUUGGGGGCCAAAAUGCAAGGCAUGGAGAUAUUCUUUUAUAUUUUUGUUUUUUUUUGUUUUAAUACCUUGUUAAAACAGCACGUAAGUAUUUUUUGUAUUGAGCUGUAUAAAUGUAUGUGAUAGAAUGUAUGUAUCUUACAUUUAGUCGAAAUGUGAAUACUACACGUUCUAUAUUUAUGAUGUAAAUAACCAGAAUAUUGUUAUGACAAUGGUCUCAUUUGAUAGAAUUAUUUUUUGGGGGAUUACUGUAAACCUUCAACCUUUUCAACCUCUAAAGCACUUUUUUCUUUGGAAUUUAUGAAUACAUUUAUUAUGAAAUUUGUUUGUCUCGCUAAAGAUGCAAGCUUCAUAAAAGUGUGCAAAUUGUUUCUCAAAACCCCAUAGUUCUCUUGGAAUAUUUCAAAAUAUUGGCUGUAGAGGCGGUGGAAAAGGCUGAAGAAUUAGGGUACACAACUAUGUCACACUUAUCUUUGUCUGGAGUGAAAAAAAAGACGUUAGGACAGUGGCCUUGUCUGCAUGAUCUUAAUGACCAUUGUUACUUGAACUGUGAAUACUAAGUUAUCUGUCUUUGAGGUCAAAACCAUAAAAUUAAUAGGUCAGUUGUCUCUUUAUUGUAUUGAUUAUAGUUAUUAUUAUUAUUAGCAUACUGUUAUUGGGACUAAAGAAAAUUUUUUCAUGUUAUUCUGGUCUUAGAUACUACAUGUUGUCACAUUUUCUGAGCACAAUUUUUAUUCCUUUGUGCUUAGAACAGUACACGAAAAGUAUGUUGCACUGUAAUGCACUAAUUUUUGUUAUAGCUUUUGUUAAAAAAUGUUACUUCAAAUAUUUUUUGUUACAAAUUUACAUGUGCAGUGUGUUACUCUGUUCUUGUUUAUGCACAGUUUGACUGAAAUAUGUAGUAAUUUACAGUAUUUUUUUUUUACAUUUUCUAUGUGUGUACCUGUGUAUCUAGUCAAGAUGAGACUACAAUUUGUGAACGUCUCCAUUGCCUAAAGGCUUACGUAUGCACAAGUAGCUACAGAUAAUUCUUCAUUGCAGUAUUAUGUUUUUUGAUCUUCAUUUCAUCAAUAUACAUUGUACUUUUUUGUCAGAUAAAUAGUAAAAUAGCUUUAUUUUUUGACACACGACUUAUUCUCUUGUCAGCUAAUCAUUUAUCCAGGUAAAAGCAUGUACAAAUCCAAAGAGAGAAAAAAACAAUUCUCUGGUAUUGAAUUCAGCUGUAGCAACCUGAAUCUUUCAAAUUUAUCAGAAGCCCAAAUGGUGGGGUAUGGCCUGUACCAAAGGAAGAAAAAAAAAAGGAAAAUUCAUUUAUUGAUGUAAUGAUGUGAUCAGAUCCGGUAUGUUCAGUAUUGUCCCAUACAAAAUGACCUGUUAGUGGUGUGUAAGUACAGUGCAUAAAUGUAAAUGCGUAGAAAGUGUGUAUUAAUUUAUUUGUCAUCACCUACCUGUACGUUGUGUGUUGCUUUGUCAUUGAUCUGACAAGUGAUGAAGUAUUUGUUUACCCCUUUACACCUUUGUUUGGUAUGACUGUAAAAAUAGUUAU